AUGUGGGUAAAACUGCUCUCCGUGGUUGCAGAAUUCUGUUUUUCCCCUUUCCUAGUUACUGAUCGAGAGACAGCUUCAGAUGCCCUGGAGAAAAACUCUCCAUCGUCUGCAGACCCUCAGCAGCCCACUAGCACUGUUGCAGUAGUGGAAGAUUCUAAUACAACAGAGAUUGACAAGGAAGAGAAAAACCAAACCGCUCAAGAUCCUGACUUAACCACUGAAACAAAUCUUCAGUAUGUGGGGGUGAUAAGGAGGAAAAAUGGCAUUCUGCUGCUCACCCUGGUCUCCUUUCUCAUCUUCAUACUCUUCAUCAUCGUCCAGCUCUUCAUAAUGAAGCUUCGGAAAGCACACGUGAUAUGGAAAAAAGAGAAUGAAAUUUCAGAACACACGCUGGAAAGUUACAAAUCGAGGUCAAAUAAUGAAGAAACAUCAUCCCAAGAGAAAAAGGACCAAACUUUCCACUCGAAGAGCUACAUGAACUACAUCACACGGUUGUACUCUGAAGCAAAAACAAAGCGGAAGGACGAUUCACGGAGUUCGAAAUUCAAAGGAGAGCCCGCUCAUAUACCAGAGAGCAUCGUGUAA